AUGUUUGCGCAAUUUCUUUUCCUGACACUAGCUUAUGGCGACUCCGGACAGGGUAAAUUUAUUUUACAAAUGCAUUACCAAAAACCUAGGGUUUUACUUUCUUUCAUAAUUCGAUACAAUGUUAAAUGGGAAAAUUUUGCAUCCUUAGAGUUGCACUUUGCCGUUUCUUUUACAGAGGAGAAGAGCACCUUGGAAUUUAAACAGAACAGCGAUUAUGUUUAUACGAAAACUCUUUACGGGGACGUUGAGGUAAUCGGUGCCUGUUGGCCGAUGCGAUGAUUUUCCACUUUGAUUGAAAUAACAAAAUCUUUCCUUCGCAUAGUACAUAUCCGUUGAUGGCGUGCGAAUUUCCAAGGCUGCAGAUGGGUCGCACUGUGUCGCGCCGAAUGACUGCUGGGAAAUUAUCCGUCGUAAGAUAUUCAUUUGGCAUUUCAUUUUUCAAACAGCCCAGUUAGUCAAAACAAGAUAUUGCACACAUGAUAGAGAAUUUAUAGUUAGCUGCAAAAGCAAUCCGUUUUCCAAAAAGAUGCUUACCAACGCUUUGCCAUUAGUAGUAAAAUUUCCUUAAUAUUACAAAAUUUGUGGAGGAGAGGACUGAUAACAAUGGAGACGCAUGGAGAGUGUGAUUCCCCUAAGGCGAUAGGUCUGCGUUCCUCUUCCACUAUGGAUAGCCCGUCGCAGCUGACAGAGCAAAAGAACUACGGGUAUAUACCCGACCGCAACGGACAGGACAGCGAGGCCGUUUAGAGGCACUAGACUUCACACCAACAGGCUUUGAGAUCGAGCCCAAGGUGUGGCACAACUCGGGUUAGAUAAUGGUUGCAGGCGUCAGUUUUAAGUCAUAAAGCAUUAUUCCAAUCUCCGUUAGUUUUGUCGAUAGUGCUAUUCUGCCUAUAAAUAUAUCCGAUAUAAGCGAAAAUACGCGUCCACGGACAUAAAUAAGAAUAAGAGACGAUCUCGGGAGACAGAGUUGUAUUAACCUGACUGAGGUGAGUGUUGUAUCACGCCUCACAGUAUAUAUAUUUGUGGUGAUGGUCUUCUCGUCGGGGACCAAUUUCGGGCGCUAGUCGUCAUCGCACGCGUUGGCAUUGACCUUAUUUCUCGUACUAGGCUGGCAAUCUUCUUUACGACCUCAGUACAUCAUGUAUUUUUACCUGCCAGUGACGCUCGCACUUUUAUUAGUUCCGUUUUUGUUACUGCGACCGUCCGUUUUCUAACCUGCCGGAUAACCAGGUGUCGUGGAUGUGGUGGCUAUCGCACAUUCGCCAGAUCGAAAUUGAAUUGCGGCUGCGUUUCCGUCCCCCCAUGGACCCGGCCGCAAUUGGGCUCCCUUCUCCACGUAACCCGCGUUUGCUCCUCUGCCCUCUGAGCUGCGUCCGGAGUGUCUGGGGGCUUCGCGAUUUGCUACACAGCGGUCGGUGUAGUUCGUGUUGGUGUGCCAGACUUCAAUUGUUUCCCUGAGCAGGCAAUAUUUUCCUCGGCCCAGGAUUUCGGCAGUCUGGAUUGUAAACGUGUGUGCAGAGUUUGUGCAGCCUUCUCCCACCAGGGACAGCGACUUACGAGAAGAAAGGAGCCCAAUUACGCCGGGUCCGUGGGGGACACAAACGCAACUGCAAUUCAACUUGGAUCUGGCGAAAGUGCGAUAGUCGCGACAGCCAAGGCAGCCCCUUGAUAUUCGAACCUGGGAUCUUUAAUCAUGGAGUUUGACAUUCUACCAUUUAGCCGGGGACCCGCUUUCCUGUCGUCCGUAUUAAUUAUGUUAGGUAGGUCCUUCACCGAUCGAUUUUACGGGACGCACUUGUUCCAUCGUGCCUUGGUGCUCAAACUGGAACCCUUGAAUUCAGUCGCUCAACGACCAGUACUGUAUGCAAGUAAGGUGAUAACGACAAAGACAAGCCUUAAAUAAUGAUGAGACAAUUUCCAGUCUUAUAUAUUUGCGCGAUUAUGUCCCAGAUAUUUGAAAACAAUUAGAUUAAACUUAAGUAAACAGACGUGGUUACAAUUUUGAGGCAAUUCAUGCAUGUUCACAUCUUAAAAUAUGCUUGUAAAUGCAAAAAUUAACUAGUUAAGAUUAGAUUUGCAUACGCCUACGUGUGUUUCACAAUCAUCUCUGUCCUAAAUUUGCAAGUAAAUCUUUCGUUCACAAGCUGGACGGUACGUCAUCCUUAGUGGUUUUCUGAAAGGAACAUAUGCAGCACUCGUGUUGAAGCCUGAGUAUUCUGAUGUCAGAUUCUCUGUUGGAGUACAAUACAAAAGUGCGGGCAAUCCGAAGUGUAAGUCAAAUUAAUCACUCCAAUCAUUUUACAUUAACAUUGUGUCAUUAAUGUUUUUACACCCCUUACUCUUCUUGACAGACAUUAGAGAAGGCAUUUAUUUUGGUCAGAAAAAUACAAAGACUAUAAUAGGGAGAAAAACGCGUCUUAGCGGUCAUUAUGUGUGUUGCUUAUCGAUCAGUUAGAAUGCAAUUUGAGUCAAGGCAAACAAUAAAUUGAUCUUUUCUAAUGUUAGCAGCUUUAGGAAUUGCUUUUUCAAAAUACUGCAUUUAAUGUUUCGUCCUCUAGAUCCACAGCUGCGUUCUGGAGCAGUAUCUGCCUUCGCGAAAGAAAUCCUGAAAAAUGAAAGACUCAUUCAUAUUGUGCUGUUCAGUGGGAGAGUUGUGGUAAUCAUUGGAAUUCAAUUUAAUCGUCCUAACAACCCGGUCAGAAUACUGCUUCUAGGAGUCUUACAUGAGGACCGAUAGCGUGUAGUGAAAAGCAUGCCAAUAUUCAUUUAAAUUAACCCGAGAAACCUAUUUAAUUUUAUAUGAUAUUUGGAACUGAAUAAAAUGCACCAUUAUUAAAUAGAUUAAUUUUAUCUUUAUUAUCUCCAUGUCAAGUAGAUGCCAUGUGUUAGGUUCAGCCAAAGUGACUUUACAUUUUUUUGAAGUGAUUUCGGCCUUAUCAGAUAGCUCAUAAUCAAAUGAAAACCGACACCGACAUCAUUUCAUGUUCGCAUCCUUUUAGAGCAUAUCUCGUACGGGCAACAUUUCGGUGAAAGAAAAAAAAGAUCACAGUAUCAUAUCAGUCUUCGGGUGGUCCAGUAAGUGCAGAAUUUGGUGCUGUCAAAGAUUUUAUAAAAGUCGUGUCAAUGGAAUUGAUUCUUGCAAAACAUUUUGAACAAGAGUUUUCCGAAUUAAACCCUUUUUACACUAGUGCAUGUCUGUUUUUAGGCUCCGAGAGAAAGGAACUUGUACUAUUUACGGGACAUUUGGAAACCGAACCGCGACAAAUGGAAAUAAAGUUUACGAAUGGCAGGAUUACUCGUGUUACCAUAAAUCCUUCCAAUAAAUCGGAGGCCAUAGCCCCAGUGUUAACAUUCAUCGACUACACGCGCGCAUUCAAGUGCACGAAGAAGUAGUUCCGGGUGUUGGAUUCACAAUUAUUUGAAUGACAGUGUGUGGUUGAGGGCUGCUUUAAUUUAAAUAAAGACCCAUGCAUAAUGUUUUCUUUCAGUUUGAAUAUUUCACACAUGUGAGACGUAAAAGGCGUUUUAAGCUGAAAAAAUUUUAAAACAGUCAAAAACACGCAAACUCUGGUUAUAAAUCCCAACAUACCUGAAUACUUAGGGGACCGCAGAUUAACGGCUGCUUGCGGGCCAAUGGCGGAGAUCAACUCGUUAUUUCUGCUUAUCAAUCAAGUAUUUGACGACAACUUGUCUCAAAGUACUUUAAUUUAUCUUGUGGAGAUCAUGUAGGUCAAGAUCGAUUUCAAUGAGAAUCCCCGUGUACUCUUCAUUGUCGCAUUCCAUGUUCAAGUUGGCGAUCAUCUGAGAUUUGCCUUUUCUGCCAUUUUAAAUAGAUUUCUCCCGUCUACAUCAAUGCAAAUACCACUCAGAAUUAAGAAAUUCACAAUAAAAGCAAGUCUAUCUUGUCUAUAGCUGAGGGAGAAUGAGGUCGUGUGAGGCUCGUGGGUCAAUAAAUUGAGUUGAGAUACAAUUUUCGCAGCACGUCUAUUGAACACAUGCGCAAAUAUCGUGUAUACAUUUGUUAAGAAAACACAAAAUUGACCAAGUAAUUGGCAUACCCAGAAGAAAUGAUAGGUCCUUGUAAAAACUUUAUGAAAUACGAUGCAGGUCUUCAUGAAAAACAGUUAUGCUGCAUGCAUUUCGGCAUUUAAUCUAUUUACAUGUCCUCAUAUGUAAGCAGCUACUAAAAAAGAAUAAGAACUUCGGCACCAUUUCAUGUUCGUAACUUUGCAGAGCCCAUGUCAUGUGAGAGGAUUCAGAAAUUCUGACCUGUGAUAACACCGCACCAGCUAAACUACCUCUCCUCUACCUCAACGCGACGAUUACCGCACAAGAAAAUUGUUCCAGUUUAAGCGUACGCAUUGGCGACCGAGAGAUACCAUCUCAACGCAAGAGAUGUCGGCCGUUUUCUACCGACCUAAAUGCAGCUGCGGAUGUUGAACCUUCGUUGGGUAAACCGACCGACGGCAGCAAGCGCGAAUUUACGAACCUUAGUGGGUCAUGAGAAGGUUGGACCCAAAGUCGGAGGUAGCAAAUCAUACAGCAAGGCAAGUGCAAGGAGCCUGGAUGAAUUAUUACACCUUAAUUUUUGUCAUCGUACAUAAAAGAAAACCAGCAAAUUUUGAAUGAUGAACUUCAUAAAGUCGCACGAAGCACUAAUUAUGACACGGCUUGUUUUGGCAGACCUAGAGGAGUAAGAUCUGACAAGAUUGAAUUACACUUACGUUUCCACAUUGAAUGGCUGUGACAUAAGCCAAACCGACAUCUUCGAAGACGGCCGAUAAUUUUUGAUUUUGGAGAGUAGUUAUGCAUUCGUUCAUUGUUGCGUGUGAUUUAUAAAUAUCUGUAGGCAAGAGGAUUUUUCGUGCAGGUUAGACGGCGCGUUCCAUUGUAGCCAGGGCCUGAUUGUCUGAUGUCAUUUUAGGCACGACAAAAAUUUUAAGGGACACUACCAAUACAACAACUUCGACAAUGUCAAGGGGGUAGUGGAAACGUCAUUUAGGCUCGGGGUGUUAGCUAUAUGCAAAGCAAAGGAUAAGGAGAUUAUCAUCCAAUGAAUACCCAAUCAAGGUGCACGUAAAAGUUGAACUAUAGGCUACAUAUGCGUAUGCCUCUUGUCAUGCGGCUCAAUAAAAUGUACUUGGUAAGCCGGCAUACUCAUCGAUGUUAGCCUCGUUAGCAAAUCCCCUUUAUUUCUGAUUUAAAAAGUAAAUUCCCUAGGCGUACAGGGACCUAGUGGAAUCGAAACCAGCACCCUAAUGAGUUUCCUCAAACAUUCCAAGCCAGGGGACCACGGUAAAUCUAGUGCCGCCAACUUGUCAGGCAGUCGCUUUUUGAUUUUUGCAGAAUAGUCGCGCCCAAGCUCACGGGGAAUUUAUAUAUAUCAAGGGACAAAAUGUCUUUUCUGACUGCAGUUUAGGCGGUGCAGUCAAAUAUACCUGGUGCUUGACUGGCUGGUGUCAUUUUAGAGGUCGGACAACAUUUUCCAGACUAGCAAAAAAAUUGCAGGUAAUUUUACGAGAGUGUUGAAAAAUUCCUUCGGCUUGAGGGGCCAGAUAUACGUAAAAGUCCUGUAGCAGACAUUUCAGAAAUUUUGCGGAUACCUGGCAAUUUUUUCGCUUUAGGUUACUAAGGGAAACUGCAAAUGCUAACUGAUUACAUUUGCACGGCAGCACCCACGUCAGCCGAACUAGCCCCGCACUAUUUCGGCGCGAGGAUUACCUAUUCAGGUGUUUAUACCCCUGCCUUAAUCCUAGUUCUAUUCUCCCUAGAUAUUCAACGCAAGGGUAUUUUCGCAUUUUCUAAAUUGUUACUUUAACAUAUGACCAUAUGUUAUGCAAAGAGCCAGCUGAACCCACUGCCCAUUAGUUCGCAGGACAAUUACUGCACAAGGAAAUGAGCUCCAAUUCCAGCAAAUUAAAAUACAUCGUGCCGUGUGGACGUGUGUCUAAUUUUCUUGUACUUACUCACUCGCGAUGAUUACCUUUUUAGGUAUUCAUACCCCAGCCUUAAUCCUAGUUCCAUUCUCCCUUGAUAGUUAACGCAAAGGGAGUUUCCCGUAGCCAGCAUUUUCGUGUAAACAUAUGGUCAUAUUUCAUCUUAAAUUCGUAUGAUCCUCAAGCAAGCGGGACAAAUUUGCAAGACUAGCGAAAGGUAUUGCAGGUAAUGCUGUUGGAAAAAAUUGUUUUGUCUCUAGAGACCAAAUAUACAUGAAAGUCCUCUAACAACCAUUUGAAAAGUUUGCAGAUCUUUAGUUAUUGUAACAUUUUAGUUUAAUAUUAUCAUCACGACUAUCAUUUUGAGUCGCUGAUUGAUCAUCAUGUCAAGUAGGUGCAGUUUGUUUGGUGUAGUCAAAGUGAUUUUGUUUUUUGUCGAAGUGACUUCAGCAUUUUUUGUAUUUCACUGCUUUCAUCAGUACGUUUCAAAUCAAAUGGUAUAACAACUCCGACAGAAUUUCAUGUUUGCAAUCUUUCAGACCAUAUCCUGUGUCGGGAACUUUUCGGCGAAGAAAAGAUGGCAAUAUUCUAUCCCUCUUAGGGUGUGCCGGUAAGUGUAUACUUUGGUGUUGCCAAAGAUUCCGUAAUGGUCAAACCUAUGAAGUUGAAAUUUGCAAACCAGAGUUAGCCACAUGGAACCGUUUCUACACAUCCGCAUAUGGACUUUCAGGAUUGGACUGGAAUUAAGUUGUACUAUUUACGGACAUUUGGCAACCGAAACGGGACAAAUGGAGAUAAAGUUUACGACUGGCAGGAUUACUCGUGUUACCAUAAAUCCAUCCAAUAAAACGGAGGCCCUGGCCCCAGUGUUGACAUUCCUCGAAUUUAUGCACGCAUUUAAGUGCAAGUAAAAGGACCCCCAGGUGUUACGUUCACAAUUAUUUGAAUGGAAAUGUGUGGUCAAGUAGAUGCCAUGUGUUUGGUUCACCUGAAAUGCUUUUUGCAUUUUCUCCAAGUGAUUUCGGCAUUUAGUCUGCUUCCACUUCCUCAUCAUCAAACUUCAAAUUCAAAAGAACAGAAAUAUAGGCACCAUUUCAUGUUCGCAACCUUUCAGACCAUAUCCCAUGUCGAGAACGUUUUAGUGGAAAAAAGAGAUGACAAUAUUAUAUCACUCUUAGGGGGUACUGGUAAGUGAAUAAUUCGGUGUUCCGAAAGAUUUCACAAAGGUCCUGUCAAUGGAAUUAAUCCUUGCAAAAUACUCUGAACCACAGUUUCCACAUGAAACCUGUUUUCCGCAGAAGUGGACUGGAGCGAACUUGUGCUAUUUACGGGACAUUUGGGAACCGAAACGCGACAAAUGGAGAUAAAGUUUUCGAAUGGCAGGAUUACUCGUGUUACCAUAAAUCCUUCAAAUAAAACGAAGGCCAUAACCCCAGUGUUAAAAUUCAUCGACUACACGCGCGCAUUCAAGUGCACGAAGAAGAAGUUUCGGGUGUUGGAUUCACAAUUAUGAAAAACAGUUAUGCUCCAUGCAUCUAGGCAUUUACUCUAUUCCAAUGUCCUCAUAUGUUAGCUUCUAAUUAAAAAGAAUAAGAACUCUGGCAUUAUUUCAUGUUUGUAACUUUGCAGAGCAUAUGUCAUGACGCAAAUACUUCAGUGAAAACAAGAGAUGGCAAUAUCAUACCACUCUUAAUGGAGACCGGUAAGCGCCGAAUGCGUUUUGCAAUACAGCUGCUAACUUAUUCCACCCUGUCCUCCAAUCUUACUGUACAGAAUACAGUAUCCUCUCAACUGACGUCCGAAAUCUCCUCUUUCUAUGUGGGAGGGGACUUGAUGGUGGUAGUGGCUUGGGUCACCCUAUCGCAUAAACUACUGCGUCGAGACUGAGUAGUAAAUUAUGAGUGUAUUACGCAACGUUUUUCAUGUACAGACUAAGGGCGAAAGGAGUUGUUGUGGUCGUAGGACGCUGCAAACCAACUAAAAAUCUACUCGCGAGAGCAGCCUAUAAGCGUCCGGAAAAAACAUUAAAAUAAGAAUCGAAUUUUGAACGUCAUAGAAGAAUCAUUGCAUUGAGAAUUCCAUAUUUUGACAAGACUGUGAGGGCUGUGCAAACAUUCGUCCCGACAGUUCGAUCGUGCUUGCCGAUCAUGUCCACUGUGUGCUCUGUAGCAGGGUGACAGAAGGCUGGGUAACUUGUGCGUAAGUUGCCUUAUAGUGGUGGUAUACUUGCGCAGCGUAUACCUCACAGUCUCCUCCUACUUCCCACUUCUUUCCUUUUUCUUCAUUUGUCAAGAAGAUCGGAGGUGGGAGACGGAGGCGCAUGUGGAGGGUAGGCCUGAGGCCACACCUACAGUGCGUGACCUAUCUCACGAAAUGUUGGCUGAAAUUCUGAAAGGCGUUUUCGAUUAG